AUGGACAUGGUGAGAACCAGUUCUGGACUAAGGACAGCUACUUUGGCCAGGUCCCGGCUGCCAGGAGCGCCGCACCAUGAGGAGCCAGCCUGCCGCGGCCGAGCCACCGUUGCCCCGACAGGCCGUGCGCGACCCCCGGCUCGGCCCCACGCAGACGAGCAGGCCACCCUGCAGCAGAACCCGGUCCGAUGGGAUAAGAUCUGGAGAGAGGCGGUGGAGGCUGAGCAGCGAGGCAGAAAAAGCUGGUACCAGAACUGGAGUUUCCUAAAGGACUACGACCAAGCAGGUAAGAAAAAGGAGCAGAAGUCACUGCCAGACUAUGUGCCUGUGUUUUCGGACAAAGUUCCCAACUCCACCAACCAGAUUAUUGGCAGUCGAAUGAAUACUGAACUUGGUAAGACUCUGGUAAACAUGGAUUACUUCUUCAGCAGCGGAAGACGCAAGAAGAAACUUGAGGAUGAGCUCCUGCCUUCCUAGUGCUUAAGUAAAAAUACCCAAACCAGCAAGUUUUAGCUAACAGACUUCUUUUAGACUCCACAGCAUUGAAGUUAGCAGGUAAAAAAAAUGCUCAGUCUUUUACAUGGAGACUAAUACUACUGCUGAGCAUGGAAUUUUUUCAAGAGUAAAGAUGGACGCUCUCCAACAAUGCCUUAUGAAAUGAUCCUCUUUAUAUUUGACGUGAUUGGGCCGUAUACACAAUUCGCAUAACAGAUCUCAUUCAUCUUCUACUGCAAGUCUACAGUAACUUUGCCACUAACAGCAGAAAGAACAAGAUUACAGCCAAACCACAAUUUCUUCCUGAAUUUUUAUCUGCUGAAAAGAAGCAAUUAAUGGAGACCAGCUCAGAUGAGUCACAACACAAACAGCAUACUUCGAAUUCUGAAAGUCUGUGCAAUAAAACACAGCAGGUUAUUGCAUUUCAUGUAGCUAGCCAAGGAUUCAUCACAGGAUCCGUCAUCUGCAUGCUUAAGCUUGCUCUAAAGAGUAAAAGUCAAGGCACAUAAGACAUGUUGUGUGCUUUUUUACCACUUCCUGCUGAGGGAGGGAGACCACAUUUGUUUCCGCAUUAUUUUUCAUUUUCUUGUUUUUAAAUUUCCUAUUUCUGCUCUACACUCUGAAAUUCCCUUCCUCCUACUCAUCUUUCUGAUUUAGCUGAUGCAAACGCAAUGAUAAGGAAGGAGGCUUUUACAUUUUAACAGGUUCAUCAUUCCUAAAAUUCAUCAUUCUGUGGUUGCCCAGGGAAACCAUCAUCAUGCUAAAUUGGACACAAUACCUACAGCCUGUUCACUACUGCAUCUUCAUGACACAGAUGCUGACUUUGUUUAUGACCUGACAUUUUGUAGGGGAAAACAGUAAUCAACAGAACACAGAGUAUAUAAAUACAAUGUCUGCUUUUUGAACCACAUUUAGCUUUUUUAAGACCAUGUUCAGUCCUAUGUGAAGAUCAGCAUAGAAGAUGAUUAGUAUUGCCCUGAUACAGCAGGCUGCAACCUCUUGCCAGACUGAGGUGGAGAGAUAUUUAUCUAUGCUUUUGUAGCUGAGGCUAUUUCUGAGCAGCACAAGGCAGUUCAAAAGCGCAGAAGGUGAGAUGGAACAGUGGGAUCACUAUCAGGGUCUCUGGAAAAAGCAAAAAAAUGCUGUUGAAAGAAGCCAGAUCCCACUUGUUGAAGUGAUGGCACCAAACAGUCCUCAUGGCCUCCUCAAGGCAAGGAGAACUGGAGGACAAAGGUUUUUAGAUGACAGCUAAGCUGCCUCAAGAGCGAGGAAGACCACGUCAAGCAAGCAGCCCAGGGGUGCCCUGACUCUGUGCUCCCCUGUGCAGAUGCGGAUAUCCAAUUGUAGUAGAUAACUGUGUUCAGAUGCACAAAGUGGGAACCUACACUUUCAAAAAGGCCUCUUCUUUUUCAGCUAAAACACUUUCUGCUCUCUUGUGAGAACAGAAAACUGCACCAGGAACUGCUUUAUCUUCAAACAUCUGAAUAAGAGAGAGAAGAGAACAGAGCAAGCCUUUCCUUGUCCCUGUGUUGUCUGAAGCUUUUUCCAAAAACUGCACAGGCCAUUCAGAGGCUAUUUAUUUACUGGUGGUUGCACAAUAUCGAAAGUUACUAUAUUUCUGUGCCUUAUUCUGAGAUAAUACUAAGCAGCCUCAACUCUUGCUAAGGGGUCACAAACUCUAUACUGAGUGGCAGAUGCACAAAUAUCUGUCAGGCUCAAGCUCCUAUUCAUGAUAAAUGGGCAUAUCUCAUUUAUAAAGCAUGAGGAUUAUGUUGUUCAGCAUGAAAGCAUGUGAAGUGCCUCGUUUCCUAACCUCCAGAUGGCACUCACUCCACACCAACUAAUCAGCUGGAAAGGACACUAAGUUAUAGCAAGACAGUGUUACACGAUUCCUUCCCAAUGUUGAGUGACACUAAAUGGUUCCAGAUUCUGGAUUCUUGUUUGGUCUGUGUGAAUCCGGAGUAGCUCUGCUGGAGACUCACUCCAAAAUGGAGUGUACAGGAAGGAAGACAGUCUAAGCAAUGCAUGAUUUAAUCCUCGAUUAAAUCCACAUUACUGAGCACUGGUGCUGUUUCAGCUGAAGUACUUUUCCCAGUUCUGAGCAGGACACAGAAGGUCUUGGCUUGAAGAUGUGUGCCAACUAAGCAGAGCCUAGAGGAUCAAUCAUGGUAACUGCAGUACCGGAAAAUACGGCUUAUGAGGAAAGAUCAAACAAAGUGGUAUAGUUUAACCUGAAGAAGAAAAAGCAGACUGGGAACAGGGUAACAGUCUUCAGAUACAUAAAGAGCUUUGGAAUGAAAAAAGGAGUACACUGUACUUCAUGUGCAUGGCAGACGAUAGUAAAAAAACAGGAUCUAAAUCACAGCAAAACAGGAUCUAAAUCACAGCAAAACAGCAGCAUGUUGGAUAUUAGUGAAGCUAAGUAAGGAAAGGUAAGGAUAACACAGCACUGAAAUAGAUUCCCUGAGGAAUCUCCAUCACUGAAUGUUAAACAAGCAUCCAUCAGGAAUGACAUAUUUAAUGGGGCUUGCCUUUUAGUGUAUAAAUGGGAUGACUGUCUGAAGUACUUUACAUCAAUUCUCUGAUUUAUACUAGAGUCGCUGAGAUCAGAACACACUUUGAAAACAUUCUUUAAAACAUGUUCAAAAAUAAUGGCAAGAAAAAACACAGUUCCAUUAGACCAGGUUUAAAUAGAUCACAGCUCUACAAUAAAGAUUUAUCACCUAAUUUUUUGUAGAAAUCAUACUUCUAAUUCUUCCAACUACUUGUAAAGAAAAUGCUUUCCACAAAGCCCAGUUGUGCCUCUCUUAUUCACACAGUCUCACUGAAAUCCAGCAUUUAUCUGAGAAGCUUGGCUAGUGCCCUCCCGGCAGCCACAUAAGAACACUUCUGAAAGAGCACAUGUAUGCCUUUAUGUCACAUAUAUGGAUGGUGAUAACUGAUUUUCUUUCAACAACUUCAGGAUGCCCUUACUAAUACAGUGUAGUCCUCACUCUGCUGUCCUUACUCAGAUAAAGCACCCAUCGAAAUGCCAAGCAGUUCUUGUAGCAGGUGCUUGUAAUGACUACAACAUUUACACCGCACAGGGAGACCUGAAUCCUUCAAAUCCUCCUGCGCUCCUACUCAGCAUUGCUAACACGGGUCAUUUCAGUCGAACAGAUCACAAUAGAAAAGUUCAGCAUAUACAGAAAUUUGGACUAGGGUGUAAAGCUGUGAAGGUGAACCUCAGUGCACAUGUCAGAAUCACCUUCCAGCGCCUCUGUGAGCACAGCUCACCUUCCCUGGCAGGAGGCUGAGAAGGUGCCUGCCAAAGGACAGGCUCAGAGGACAACGUUAAGCACUGAUAAUACACAGGAGGGGAGGAGAUCUGGGUCUCCAGGGCUGUAAGGAGCAUCAGGUGGAAUGGGGGAUAUUUGAAGGAAAAAAAGUGUUGCCAUUAGUGGUCUAACACGCAACAAAUGGAGGUAAAAGCCAUGUCAGUUUUGCAUAAAUCUGUGGCCAAGCACUUCACAAGUUGGUAGGUAUACCUGCACUAGAGCCAAAUCACAAAAGGAUUUUCUGCUUAAUCAUGGAAGUGGGCAACCUUAGAAAAAGUAGAUCUGUGCUUUGUUGCAAGAUCACGGCAACCCAGAACCCUGCUGCCUCUUCUGAUGUGAAGUUAAGCUAAUACCUUGACUUUCUGAUUAAGCCAAUUGAAAUGGCUUAAAAAUGCUGGUGGGCAGCAACUGGAUAUUACUAGUUCUUUUCACCCCAAGUUGCAAAACCCCUGUUCAUUUAUAUUUCCUGCUGAAAUCAGUAACAACUCUAAGCAUUGACAUCUUAACAUUUAUCUUUGAGGACAGUGACUGUCUAGAGAAUGGAAGUAUCCCAAAUGGAAGAGGCUUGAUAAUCCACGUGAGAUGGGAACACUGUACAGAGCUGGACACAGCAAUUUAUUCAAACACUAUGCCUUCCUUGGAAUGGAAAAUUAUUUUAUGCUGCUGCAGUUACACUUCCUCUGCCACCCAGCCUGAUGUUUCUGAAGUUAGUUUUGGCUCUUUCUACCCUGUACAGCAACCUUCAGAAAAGAUGUUUGGGGAAUAUCUGAGGUCCUACCCAAAGCUGCCUCAGAAUCUGAGUAGAAGGCAGACAGGCAUUUUCCAUACGACAUUCUCUCCCCAAGUCUAACAAUCAUUUAUCCUUUACCAUAACUAACUUUGCCAACUAAGCCUUGCUUACAUGAUCAGAGUCUUGUAGAAAGACCAGAUGAAAUGAUAACAACUUUGAAAUCUGUAAAUAAUCAGUGGAAAUUCCAUUUAUUAAAGAGACUGUGUAGAUGUUAGCUGUACUUUAAGCUUCUUGUAAAGAGUUCUUAUGAUGUGUCACUUAUGCUCCACAGUUUUAUAGGCUUUUUUUUCCAUUUGCUGCCAGAUCACAAGCAAGAGAUUACACAUGUUUAGACAAUUUAUUCUUAUUAUUUCUUCCAGUUAAAGAGCAGAAGUGGGUAAGAAUAUUAAUGUAAUUCCUCAGUUAGAUACACUGGUGGAUUUGUAAGUAUUAUUAAUUCUAACUGGGUGCAAAGAUGUUUCCAGGCUUCCCGAUGCCUCCAAAUUUUGUGCAUUCUCAUUUCAAGCUCUGCUCAUUAGAAGAAGAAAAAAAAAGAUUGUGUGAAAGACACGGCACUUUUGCAACAAAACAUAGUCUGUUUAAGCUCAUACAAAUCUGUAUUUCUUAUACUUUUACAAUAGUCUUUGUCUGUAGUUCCCAGCUGGCAUCUUAACGAUUAAGUUUUGUUUUAUGAAAUUGGUGAUGACUGUACAUCUAAUUGUGUGUCUUGGAAACUGUACUUAAAAUUAUUUCUUGGCCUUUAAA